AACCGUGAACUGACCGAGAAUCGGCCGGUUUGAAGGAAACGGCGUGGUUAUGCUUAUUGAAUGUGAACCUUCGAAUGAAGUCUUGCCUCCCUCUCACUUAACUUCUCAGUUCUCACUCACUCAAGCAGAAUUCUGAAAUCUGAAUCACUCCCCAUCUCCAACCCUAGCCCCUCUUCGAGCCACUGCCGCUGCCCGUCCGUCGAGCCACUGCCGCCGUCCGUCGCCCGCAUCCCUUCUCCCUUCGUCCUGUUCUUAAAGUGUCCAACCCCUGCUCUCUCCUUCCGCGAGCUCGGCCCAUCCGUCGUCUUCAUCUGCUCGCCGUCCUGCUCGCCGUCGUGUGGUCGGUGUCGUCCGUGGCAUCAACGCACUCUGCCCAGAACCCCAACUUCGAAGUGAUCUAGUAAACCAGUGAUUAGAGCGGUUCGAUGACCGGUCCGGUUCUUAGAACCUUGUGUAAUUCUCUCACGGUUCUAAACUCCCAGUUCUGUCACACAAACACACUCUCUUCGUGCCAUGGUGGAGCUCCCCAAAUCCCUAUCACCCCGCCGACUUCUUCAGCUCCUCAAGUUCGAGAAGGACCCACGCGCCGCCGUAACCCUCUUCCACUCCGCUAUCCUCCGCCCCGGCUAUACCCACUCGCCUGCCGUCUUCCACCAUGUCCUCCGCCGCAUCGCCGCCGCUGACCCCUCCCUCCUCCUCCUCCCCCACCUCCCCCGUGUCAUCGACGCCAUUCGCUCCCACAACUGCAAGUGCACCGAAGACGUUCCUCUUACUGCCAUCAAGGCCUACGCCAAGAACUCAAAGCCCGAUGAGGCCCUCCACCUCUUCCAGAACAUGGAGACUCUCUUUGGGUGCACCCCUGGAGUAAGGUCUUUCAAUACUCUCCUCAAUGCAUUCGUUCUGUCCAAUCAAUGGGAUCGCGCCAACAGGUUCUUUGCUUAUUAUGAGACUGUUGGCGUUGAGCCGAACUUGGAGACUUACAAUGUUUUGAUGAAGGUUUUGUGUAAGAAGAAGCAGUUUGAUAAGGCCAAAAGGUUGUUGGGUUGGUUGUGGGAGAAGGGUCUGAGGCCGGAUAAGUUCACUUAUGGGACUUUGAUCAAUGGGAUGGUGAAAUGCGGGGACUUGUGUAAUGCAUUGGAGGUGUUCGAUGAAAUGCCGCAACGAGGCGUGGCAGCUGAUGUGAUGUGUUAUAACAUGGUCAUUGAUGGGUUCUUUAAGAAGGGGGAUUCAUUGAGGGCAAAGAUGACCUGGGAGAGGCUACUGAGUGGGGAUUCGGAUGUGUAUCCAAAUGUUACAAGCUACAAUAUUAUGAUCAGUGGGAUGUGUAAGUGCGGGAGGUUCGAUGAGUGUUUGGAGAUAUGGGAGAGGAUGAAGAAGAAUGAGAGGAAGCAUGAUUUGUUUACCUAUAGUUCCUUGAUUCAUGGGUUGAGUGAGGGAGGGAACUUGGAUGGUGCCAAGAGGGUUUACAAGGAUAUGGUUGGGAGAGGGAUUCGGCCAGAUGUCGUUACAUGUAAUGCCAUGCUUAAUGGACUGUGCAAAGCUGGGAAGAUUGAAGAAAGUUUCCAGUUGUGGGAGGAGAUGAAGAAGUAUGGUUGUCGCAAUGUAGUAAGUUAUAACAUAUUUCUCAAUGGUUUACUUGAAAACAGGAAGGUGGAAGAAGCAUUAUCGCAAUGGGAUGCUUUGCUUGAAACAGAUUGGGGCACGGAUUCUAAAAGCUACGGAAUAGUAGUUCAUGGUUUGUGUAAGAAUGGGUACCUGAAUAAGGCUUUAAGGUUGUUAGAAGAGGCUGUGCAAAAGGGAGGUGAUGUUGAUGCCUUUGCUUUCUCCUCAAUGAUAAAUGCGUUGUGCAAAGAAGGAAGACUUGAUGAAGCAGCUGAAGUUGUUAGUGUUAUGGAUAAAAAUGGCUGUAAAUUGAAUCCUCAUGUCUGCAACGCAAUAAUUGAUGGGUUUAUCAAACAUUCUGAACUUGACAAUGCUAUUCAAUUCUUUCGCGAAAUGAGCAUCAAAGGUUGCUCACCAACUGUUGUGUCCUACAAUAUUCUUUUAAAUGGAUUAUGUAAAGCAGAAAGAUUUAUUGAGACAUAUGAUUACAUUAAGGAAAUGUUGGAGAAAGGGUGGAAACCAGAUAUUAUCACGUACAGCACCUUGAUAGAUGGUCUUUGUCAGAGCAAGAUGAUCGACACAGCCCUUAGGUUGUGGAAUCUGUUUCUUGACUCGGGAUUUAAGCCGGAUAUCAGAAUGUACAACAUUGUUAUCCAUAGACUUUGUUCUUCUGAAAAAAUGGAGCAUGCUAUGCAGCUCUAUUCAAUGAUGAGACAGAAGAAUUGCAUUAAUCUUGUGACCUACAAUACCAUCAUGGAAGGUUUUUACAAAAUUGGGGACUGUGAAAAAGCAUCAAACAUUUGGGCUAACAUCUUUGAAGAUGGCCUUCAGCCAGACAUCAUUUCAUAUAACAUCACUCUUAAGGGUCACUGCUCUUGGGGUAGAUUGACGGAGGCAAUUAGGCUGUUGGAUCAUGCUUUGGAGUGCGGUAUUUUCCCAACUGCCAUUACUUGGGAUAUACUAGUUAGAGCAGUGAUUUUUUAUGAGGCUUUAACUUAAUUUUGGAUAUCAAAUACAACAAAAGUAAUCAAGCUUUCUUCCAUUCCGAGUGGUUGGCUAUGCCUACAUGAACAGACAUUGAUGGAGUUUUACACUGACUGAUUAAGCACCCAUUCUCUUCCAUUCUGAUUUGAGACUGACUAUGUAAGAUUUGCAUUACAGUACAGCACAGUCAAACUUUAAAUUAUUUUGUCAGCUCACACUUUUUCUUUCACUUGUUGAGUACAUCAGCUACAGGCAGUUAUAGCUUAGAUGCGAUUCAGCUUGUAAACAAGUGGGACCUAUGGUGGAGUUGUCUGAACUAUGAACUCUGAACUGAAAGUAUCAAGUGUUUGGUUUGUGGGAUAUCUGAAUUCCUCGGGUUUUACAUGAAUUGGUUUAUUUCUUUAUGGUGGCAUCAAGAGGUUCAGGCAAAGACUACUAUACUUCAUUACUGGUACCAGCUUAUUAUGAUGUGAAUUAGGAAAUACCCUGUAUGGCUUUUCAUUUCUUGAUUAAUGAUUCUAAAUGUACAGUUCCAAAAGCUAUGAUGAUAAUAUAUAUAUUAUGUAAAGAACUUCAUGAGCAUCACAUGGUAACUCUGUUACUCUGGGUUUGGUGAUUAUAGUUGUAUCACCGAAAUCAGCUACUGUUGAUGCCAAAUCAAAGCCGUGUGAUGUUAUCAGUCCCAAGUUGUAAGCCCUCACUUGGGUUUAUUGCAUCACACACAAUGCAUCAAUGGUAUUACCCUUGCAGUGAAUCACAGUAAAAUUGAACUUCAGUUAUUUUCCUCAUUGUUAGUCUUUCUCGUUCUCCCAGUUUCCGAUGACAUGUUUUGUUCAUAGAUGAACUGAGAAGUUAAAGCCACAAGAAUAGCGAAAAGAACUGCAACCUUUCUCCAAUCAGUGGAGGAUGAAACAGCAAUAGCCUUGACUAUUCCGAUGCCCAACAAGCCAAUGAAGAAAAGAUUCUUCGAAUUCUAGCAUUUUGCGCUCUAUGUUUGCUGUUAUCUGCUAACCACAAAAGAAUAGUCUUCAUCUAAUCCCUUGAGGGCCUCUUCUCCAAUUUUCUCAAACUCAACUAUGGCUUCUUUGCCAAAUUGGGUCAGAUAUGCGGACCGCUCGUCUACAUAAUCCAUUAGGCGGAUCUUUUGAGCUUCAAGCAUGGCAAUUUGUGCUAGCAACUCUUGUUGGCGAGUAUCACCAGGUUGGGAAUCAGACUCGUUAGACUUGCAGCGGCCGAAGAUGGGACUUCUUUUGUUUUGGAGGAGCCCUGUGCAGUGGAUAUCAUACUUGCUAUUGGUAGGACUGAAAGAAGGAUGAAUGGCUUUGAGGGCAAUCAUCCUUUCGUUACCGUGAAGGUAUCUAUUCAUAACUCAUAAGGUUGAAAUAGAGAAAAUUAAAUGAAAGGGGGAGAAAUGGGGUGCAACGUCUUUUGAACCUUUUGUUCUCUGUACAUUAUCCAUUGAAAUAAUGAUGGUGAUGUUUUUGUCCAAUAUAAAAAGGAAUAGGAUGCUCUAAAUGCCUUUUAGUUUGGUAUGAUCUUGGGAAAUUCUAUUUUGGUCGACGAAAUUUCAUUUUA